CGGGAGGAGUCUAUAUAAGACCCUGAAUCCGGCACGGGCGCUUCCAGACCGCCAGUAGAGUUGGACCGAGGAGGACCUCACACGUGCAGAAUCAUCAGACAUGUUGGCAAACUGAAUAAUGCGCAACAUGAAGCGGUUUGUGUUCAUUCAUAUUUGGCUCGUUGUGGAUUUUCUACCUCUUCUCAGCGCCGGACUGAAGGACACGCCGACCCUCGGAUCCAAAGAAGACCCCAGAGUUCUCAGCAAAGAUAUCAUCAAUGGUGGCUUUGAAUACCAAGUCCGUCAGAACCACAGCGUCUUCUUGUAUCAUGAAGACUCUGAGGAGAUGUACGUUGGAGGGACUGACUUUGUGUUAAAACUUGAUGUGGAUGACUUUCAUGUCAUAGAGAAAUUUCCCCUGAAUGCAACAGGGCAGCGGCAGUGUGAAGAGGGCCCCUGUGAGAAUGUCAUCACUGUCAUUGAGAAGUUUCAGGACAGCCUGUUUGUCUGCGGCACAAACGGGCACAAACCACAGUGCUGGAAGCUUUUCUCCUCGGUGAACAAUCAGUCGCAUGAAAUAAUGAAGAGCUAUGAAGGAACGGGCAUCUCUCCGUUCGUGUACACACAGAACUCCAUAUCUCUCACAGUAGAGGGGGAUCUAUAUUCUGCAGCACCUUUAGAUUCUGAUGGAAGUUCGUUGCAGUUCAGAAGGAAAGCUGGCAGCAGAACUCAUGUCUGGAUGUAUGACAACUGGGUUUCAGAGCCCACGUUCAUAUCUGCCUCCUGGGUGGAGCGAAAGGAGGACCCCGACAACGAGAAAAUCUACAUCUUCUUCCGAGAGAAGAACUCGGAUCAAAACCCGGAAGCUGACCCCUGGAUAUCGAGGGUUGCCAGAGUCUGUAAGGUGGAUGAAGGUGGAUCAAAAAGAUUCUUCCAGAACAUGUGGACAUCUUUCCUUAAGGCCCGGCUUGUCUGCGGGUUUCCAGACGAGUCACUCUAUUUCAACCGUCUCCAGGACGUCUAUGUGGUGCAAGACGAUGACUGGCAUGAGACAAAAGUCUACGCACUUUUCACAAGCAGCUGGAACUCCACAGCAGUCUGCGUCUACUCAGUGGGGAUGAUUGAAGAAAUAUUUGAGAACUCAACCUUCAAGGGCUACAAUGAAAAAAUACCCACACCAAGGCCGGGAACGUGUGUGAAAAACAGCAGACACCUGCCUCUGGCCACUGUCAAUAUGGUGAAGGAUUACCCAGAAAUGACUGACUGGGUCCAUUCCAUGCAUUAUAAAGCUCCGUUUUACAUCAGCAGCAACAACUACACCAAAAUAGCUGUGGAUCGAGUCCAGGCAGCCGACCAGCGCCUGUAUAACAUCCUGCUUUUGUCCACUGAUUCUGGGAAAAUCCAUAAAGUGUUGGAGGCUGGGUCCAAACCUUUCAUCAUCUCUGAGACGCAGCUCUCCAGCCAGUCAAACAUACAAUCAAUGAAACUUGACUCCAAAAAGAAAAAGUUAGUGGUGGGUUUCUCAGAGAAAAUUUCUACUGUCGACCUCCGGAGGUGUCAGGAUUACAACGUCUCAUGUGAAGAUUGUGUUCUGGCCCGGGAUCCAUACUGCGCCUGGACAAAAUCUGGAUGCACCCCGACCGUCCCUGAAGGUAUCCAAGAUGUCGUGAACGGGGAUAUACAUGUGUGCAGGUCAUCGGUUAAUGAAAACAAUCAAACACGCCGAACCAAACGGGAGACCAUUUCACCAUCACCAGUGGAACUGACAGUUCACUCAGUCCCCCUGGGUGUCCCUUUCUAUCUGUCCUGUCCUAUAGACUCUUACCACGCUAGCUACAUUUGGGAGCAUGGAGACGAGCGCAGCCCUUGUCUGCAAAUGCAGUCUAACUGCCUUCACCUCAUCCCCACCAUGGCUCAAGAGAACUAUGGCAGCUACAAGUGUGUUUCCAAAGAGAAAGACUAUACCAAAACGGUGAAGAAUUAUCAGCUUCAAGAGCAAAAGAUCCAGAUCACGGAUGGCAGAAGCAAUACCCCUGUCAGAAUUAAUGAUGCAUCAGCUGUUGUGCCGCAGAUAUGGAUGAAUGUUGGACUGGCUGUGGCACUGAUGGGGAUUCUCAGAUAGGGCCCUUUGUCCUUUUGUUUACCAGGAUGCAGGCUUUACUGAAGGAAAUCCACCCAAACACCACAGCUCAAACAGAGACUCUCCCACCAUGAGCCUAAAUCCUUAAUUGUGUGAGUGGUCACAUUGCUGUUUUUGCCAGGAGGGUUUGUUUCAAGUCUGCAGGAGCAAGCUUUGUGUUUGAAAGAGAAGCCAGAAGAGGAAAAGGACGUUGAUCAGAUGGGAGGAAGCAGCACAACCGGUCAGCAGUGGAGCAGAGUUUGAAUGGCCUGAAGGGCCGUAAUGGUGUUCGUCUGGAUGAGCUGAUUAUGAUGUAACAUGUAAUCUGAAGGAAGCCCUUUUACAGUAAGGAUGGCUCAGACUGUGUAUUUACUGUAACAUUAACACCAAAACAUACCAUUGAGUUGUUGUACGAAGGCUUCUGGUCAGGGAGACAAAGGCAGAGCAGUCAGCAGUUCGUAGGUGUGGUGUUGUUGCAAUGGUGUGGUAGUAUAGUGGGCACAAAUUGAGUCCAGCUCCUCUGUCCAUUAGAGGUCAGGAAAAUGUAAAGUUCCUGUGUAAACUUCCUCUGUGACCACUCCAGUGCACUGAUAACAAAUUACACAAGUGUUUAGGGAAGGAUGGAGGCCGGCAGGGACCCUCUGAGGUUCAACGCUUCUUUCAACUCUCAUGAGAUUACCAUGAGAAAAAAACGUUUUGCUAGACAGUGUCUAACUUCUAAAAUAAUAAGCACCUUGAUUCAUUUUCACAUACACUUCUGGAAAAUAGCACUUUUUUUCCUUUGUUACAGUUACACACAGAUACGUUGUUCAAUGUUGGGUGCAGUUUUAAUUGCCACAUUGCACUUGAGAUGGAACAGAUUUGAGAUGGUGGUCAAAGGAGAUAGUUUUGACCUCCACAAGAAACAAAUAUGGGAUAAUGCAAUGCAAUAAAUCAUGGUCUGUCAUUAAAGAAAUAUCUGGCUAAAGUUCACUUACUUAGCCGAUACCAGACAUCUUCUUUCAGAGGUUACACAGUAACUACUAAGCUAAGAAUAUUUAUUAUUUAAACUGUAUUUAGGUACUGUUGUAACUUAUAUUGUAUGUAUGAAUCUUUGUUUCUCACUGGAAUUUUUUAUAUGUACUAGCAAUACAAUCUUAUAUUUUUUAAUAACUGCUUGAACCUGAGAAAUGUAAGUGAAUUUAUAAUAUUUGCAAACUACUGACUUGUUUUUUACAAUAAACACUUUCCCCAAGGAACUUAGUCUUGA